GACUGACACGGAGACCGACUGACAACUUGUCCACGUUUCUGCAUCCAAGUAAAAUUACUAUUGGAAGCGUUAAUCAAUGAGAUAGUCUGAAGCAAGAGUCCGAACCUUACACGUCUUUACAUCAACGCUCGCGUGGAUUCCGCUGCUUUGGUUUGCUGAGGCCUCAGCUCAACGCGGAGUGGCGCCAAGCUAAAUGGUUUGCCAGGCCUGUGAAAAGAAGCUAUCAAAGGUUGCCUGCCCGGAAAAGUGGCGGGACAGCAAGGGUGACAAGCAGGGCGAGAGCAGCGGGCGCAAGGUCAACGAGAACAAGUUGCUCAAAGGGGCAAAACGAUACCAACCAUACAACAAGAAAUGCAAGACGUGCAAACAGAACCUGCACCAAGACGGCCUGUACUGCCAGGCCUGCACCUAUGCUAAAGGUGAAGGGGCUUGUUUCGCCUGGCGAGUCGCGCACCGCAAGUGCAGGAGGCGCCACGACUCCGUCGCCGGCCGCUCAGCAGCCCGCUGCCGCAGCUCAGCAGCAGCCAAAGAAGAAGGUCGACUAGGGGCCCAGCUCCUUCUCAUUUCCCACCCUGAGCGGGGCAGACGACUCGCUUCCUGCUAACGCUCUCUUGCGGCCUGCGGUGGCGCCCUCGCCCUCCGCUAAAGCCGU